CAAAAUACCGAAAGUAAGUUGUUUUUCUUGCCGCGGUGCCGAUCAGCUGUUGGGUUUCAACGUCGCUGUGAUUCAGCUCGUCUCUCACAACGCGGGAUUUACCAAACCUUCUGCCCGGUUCCCUGAUCCAUCAUGGCCACCAAGAGCAAGGUGUUCAACGAUCCCAUCCACGGCCACAUGGAGAUGGACCCUCUGCUCGUCAGAAUCAUCGACACGCCUCAGUUCCAGAGGCUCCGUCACAUCAAGCAGCUCGGGGGGACCUACUUUGUUUUCCCCGGAGCGUCCCACAACCGCUUCGAGCACUCCCUCGGGGUGGCGCAUCUGGCUGGAAAACUGGUCCGAGCUCUGCAUCAGAGGCAGCUGGAGCUCAAGAUCACCCCCGAAGACAUCACCCCCAGAGACAUCACCCCCAGAGACAUCCUCUGCGUGCAGAUCGCCGGGCUCUGCCACGACCUCGGACACGGGCCUUUCUCCCACAUGUUUGAUGGAAUGUUCAUCCCUAAAGCACGUCCAGGUUACAAGUGGAAGCAUGAGAAGGCCUCCGUGGACAUGUUUGACCACCUGGUGGAAGUCAACAAACUGGAGGCUGAGAUGAAGAAGGAGCACGGCCUGGAGCUGCCCGACGGCCUGGAGCUGCCCGACGACCUGUACUUCAUCAAGGAACUGAUCGCUGGGCAGAAGGACCCGAAUCAGCCAAAGGACUUGAAGGAUCCGGAUGAGUGGAAGCGCCGCCAUGAAGACAAGUCCUUCCUCUAUGAGAUCGUGUCCAACAAAAGAAACGGCAUCGAUGUGGACAAGUGGGACUACUUUGCCAGGGACUGCUACCACCUGGGCAUCAAGAACAACUUUGACUAUAGCCGCUGCCUCAUGUUCGCCAGAGUGUGUAAGGUAGACCGGGAGGAGCAGAUCUGCUUCAGAGACAAGGAAGUGGGAAAUCUGUAUGACAUGUUCCACACAAGGAACUGUCUCCACCGGAGAGCCUACCAGCACAGAGUGGCCAACAUCGUGGAGACUAUGAUCACGGAGGCCUUUUUGAAAGCAGACAAGUUCAUCCGGUUCGAAGGCUCUAAAGGAAAGAUGUCUCUCUCCGCUACCAUCGACGACAUGGAGGCCUACACCAAGGUGACAGAUGACGUCUUUAAUCAAAUACUCAACUCAUCCUCCGAAGAGCUGAAAGAGUCAAGGAACAUUCUUCAAGCCGUUGUGGGUCGACGCCUCUACGCAUGUCUCGGCCAGGCUCCGCUGAAGCCAGGCGUGAACCUCGAAGAGAUGGAAGCGAGCUGUAAAGCCGCUCUGGCUCGACAGGUCCCUCCGGUUCUGGAUAGUGAGGACUUCUUUGUUGAUGUCAUCAAAUUUGACUAUGGGAUGAAGGAGAAGAACCCCAUCGACAGCGUGCGCUUUUACAGCAAGGACGACCCGAGCAAAGCCGUCCAGAUCCCCAAGAACCAGGUGUCUGGCUUUCUCCCGGAGAAGUUCAGCGAGCAGCUGGUCAGAGUUUACUGCAAGAAGGAUGACAGCAAGAGUCUGGAGGCGGCAAAGAACAACUUUGACCAGUGGCGCUCCAACAAGCAAUUCCUGCUUCAGGACGAAGACAUAAAAGCCCCCGAUGGGACUCCUGAAGACCAACAGGACGACAUGAAGGAAGUAAACCCAGUUGGUUCUAAUGUAGAGUAGGAAGCCAGCUUUUUAAAAGAUAAGAAAUACAAAUAGAGCACAGAACCCUCCGACACACAAACAUAAUAUAUAUGAUGAAUAUCUUUCUACGAGGUGUUGGUGAUCACAGCAAGGAUUAUAAUAUCUUUGCACCAAAAAAAAGGAUGCGGUAUUCAGGGGGCAUUUAAACUCUUUAUUAUAACACUUAGUUUUAUCCUUUUUAAUGUGGGUUUUAUUUGAGAGUGUGUGUAAUAGAUCCUGCUCCCUUUCUUUCUGCUCUAAGAGGCUUCUGUCAAAACUUUUAAAACAUAUAUUAUUAUUAUUACAUUAUACUUAUAUAUUUAGAUGACGAUUGUUUGGAGCGACGCUCUGCAAAAUCUACCUUUAACAUUAUCAAGGUCUUAAUUGUUUUCUGACGACAUUUGAGAGGGAUCAGAUUAACAUGUGAGGAGCAGGCUAUAAAAAGAAAAGUAACUUCCUGUUGCCACCAGGUGGCGUGAUGACUGAGGUUAUGAAUGGUCAUAUGGAUGUCUACAAGGUAACGAGGUCAUGACGAAGGAGAAAUAUGGAGCACAUUAGAUAAAGUACGGUCUAGUUAAAACAACUUUCAUUUUCAUGGCAAAUGGUGUUUUUUUGCUGAUGCUCUGCGCUCAAAUAGUUCAAUAUUUUUCAAGCUUUAUGCAAUUUUUAAAGACAAAGGUUUCAGGAUCACACUGCCCAAAUUGAAAAAGAAUCAGGUUUAAUCUCUAGGAGGAGUUUGGUCUUUCACAACUAAAAAAAUAGGCUAAAAAUGCAGAUAUUCAGCGAUUAACUGCAGCGUCCCCCAGUCUUCAAAUAUGAUUAAACAUUAGGGUAGGUUUGGGGGUGGAAUAUGUACAUAUGCAACUAAUGUGAUGAGAGCAGACAGUCAUUUGGGAUACAUGCGUCUUGCCAGAUUAAGCCACACUUCUUGGAAGUUUGUUGGUCCAAAUUUUCUAAAAACAAUGAGAUCAACAAGCAACAAACAAGGUACCAGGUGAUAUUGAACCAAUUGGUCCACAGAUUAUUCAGUGAGAAUCGGACACAGCGUUUAGGAGAAAUGGGCAAGAAUGUGUUUUUGACAAAUAAUAAUUAAUAAUUGGGCAGCCAAAUGUUUCUGUGAACAGAUUUUGACGUGUGUGGAUUUAUUUUUCAGAUCUGUGUGACGUUGUUUAUUGUGAGUGUCUCAACUUUAAGAUAUGAGCAUUAUUUCUGAUAUUUUUCACUUAUCUUUUCCAUUUUACCAAAAUGUAAUCUCAUGGACAUUUUCUGACGGCUUAUUUUAUAUUUUGCCGAUUAUGUAAAAAAAAAAACAAUAGCAAUAUCUAUGUGUGUAAAGGGAUACUUAAGAGAUGCUGUGUGUAGUGCUUCAAACAAAUAAAACGGGUUCCUCUCA